GCGCCGGCCCCGCCUCCGCCCGGAACUAUUUGGGUUCCAGGCGCUUGCGCAAGGCCAGAAGGUAGUUCCGGUUUCAGCGUGGGACCCUCUCGUUGCUGGUGGUCACUUGUCGCGGUUGGUGGGUAGUAACUGAGCCAAGAUGCUACGGAAUCUUCUGGCUCUCCGUCAGAUUGCUAAGAGGACCAUAAGUACUUCUUCACGCAGGCAGUUUGAAAAUAAGGUUCCAGAGAAACAAAAGCUGUUUCAGGAGGAUAAUGGAAUUCCAGUGCAUCUGAAGGGUGGGAUAGCUGAUGCCCUCCUGUAUAGAGCCACCAUGAUUCUUACAGUUGGUGGAACGGCAUAUGCCAUGUAUGAACUGGCUGUGGCUUCAUUUCCCAAGAAGCAGGAUUGACUUGAGUUUAUCCUCCCAGCAAUCAGUUGGUUCAAUUCCAUUCAGCUCUCUGUGGACCAGUAAUCUGAUACAUAACUGAGUUCUUUGGGGAUCAAUAUUUAUUGUCUUGUAUUAGCUGCCACCAAUAAAGCAGUCUUUACCAUG